AUGACAUGCUUCGCUCGAUCUACACUAGCUUUGCGUAGACAAUUUACUUCUAAAGCUAGUCUUCGCAUUACCGACAAGGAUGGUUUGCCACUCUCGGCCACAUGGUCUGUUCGUUCCCUCUUAGAGAAUGAUCAUCAGACCAUGUCAGAUGAACAGUUUAAGAGCUUGUUUCGCUUGGCCCAGCUGAGAGCACCAUCAUCAGCAGAUGCAUUCGAGAAACUCAAAAAGGAUGUGAACCAGCUCUCUGCUUUUGUGGGGCCUAUUCAGCGCCAUGAAUACGGUACAAUUAAACCUUUAUCUCAUAUCUGGCAAGAACGUAUUGGAAUGGAAUUACGACAAGACAAGCCCAAGAACGACCCAGAAGAAGUGAGAGGCAGGGCUCUGUUGAAAGAAGCAAAACAAAUUAGUGGACAUUUUUACAUGGUGCGCGGUUCGCUUCCUAGUUCCGAUUCAUAG